ACGAAGUAGCUUGCUCCAAGCCUGUACAUCUACUUUUGAGAAGAUGGUUUGGACUUAUAAACCCAAGAUGUAGACAGAAGCUUGAACUAGCUGCUGGCACUGAUUUUAGGCACUGGAGAAAGAAGAUAGUGAAGAUGGAAAUAAUUCUGAUUCUAGCAGUUAUUCUAAUGAUAAUGAGGACGAAAGGCCGGAGAGCAAAUCUAUCACCACCUCUUGGCCUCAAAGUUACAGAUUCUGUAUUUAGCAGUGAAGCACUUGGUUUCUUGGAAGCUGUUAUAUUUCUAUGGCAGUCCAUCGAUUUAUACAGCAGUGUACCAUCUCCAAGUCUUAACUUCCUGGGGAUGCCUACGUUAUCACGUUUAGGCAGCUCAUUUAUCUCUUCUUCAUUAACAAGAAGAUACACUCCUGAAGUACUCCCUUCUUUGCAAAAACCUCUAUUACCACCAGUAGCAAAUGCACGGCAGCCACCAGAAAGGCGUAGUUCACAUUCUCUGCUGCCCUCCAUUCAAAGGAAGCCUUCCUUGAGAAAAGCAACUGCUGACAGGAAAUCAUGCAAGGUCUCACAUGAGGUUUCUCUUCCUCGCCAGAGUUCAUAUGGACAAGCUGUGGUGAAUGGCAUAAAUGUUCUUUGUGGUGUUGGAAUUCUUUCAACUCCUUAUGCUGUCAAAGAAGGUGGAUGGGUUGGGCUCUCAAUUCUGUUUAUCUUUGCUGGAUGGGUUGGGCUCUUAUGUUGUUUCUUACUACGCUGGGAUUCUCCUGCAUUCCUGUUUGGACAGUCAACCUGGGCUCGAGACUUACCCGGAUAUUGGCCAUGCUGCCUUCGGCUCGAGAUGCUACAUCUGUUUCACUCAUGCCAGAUCCAAAAGCUAGAUUGUAUUUAUGCAGCCUCUUUGUCACUGCUGCUUUGAUUUGUUGCGUAUACUUCAUCGGAACUCCAUUCCUUGCGAAGGAUGACAUAGCAAGUUUCUUUCUUUUAGUUCUUUUUAAUUCAUUCCAUGGGACAUGGACUUUGGUUUAAUUACCCUGCUGUUAUAAUGGUUUGCUUCAAUGGGUAUCACAUAAACAUUUCUGAGGGCACUUUGGGCUUUGACGCUACAAUUUCUGGUUAACUUCAAAUAUCAGGCGUACUUUGUUUCUGCUCUUCCCCCUCUUUCAAGAGCUGUGUUGAAGGAUUUUGGUAGCAUUUUACUAAGUGCAACAAAUAUUAGUUUCGAAGAAUUGCAAGAUCUUCAACAUUCCCAUUUGGAUAAUCUGUACUGUGGUAUAUUAGAAGAGAGAUGGUGUCAAGAUGUGGUAAAAAUUUAGCAAAAGCCUUAUUUAUAUUGAUUUAAUA